AUGGGCCAAGAAGUUAGUGCCGCGAGUGGCAGUGAACUGAGGGGUCCGUCACCAAUCCAAGGACUGGACGAAGCCAGAUCUUCGCCCUUCACUGGUCUGAAGGACGGCAGCUAUCUGUACAACCGCUCAGAGAGGGAUGUCUUCCGGAUCCUCAUCGACUGCUUCCGCCUCCGCCUGGAGGAACAGAGCCAACACGACAAAAAGGGCGCAGAGGGCACCAUUUACGCCGGCGCUGAUGACUCUCUGCCUGCCUUCAGGCAGUUCCUCGAACUAGCGGCAACCCGAGAGGACUUGCUUCCGCCGUGGUGGACGCCCGAGAAGCAAAGGGAGUGCGAAGAGUUUGGCAUGUCCGGAACCGAGUUCCAGGACUUGCACAUGGCGCUGGACGAGCCUAGCACAACCCUCCAAUAUAUGGACUCGCGAUUCCCUCCUCAGCUUCGAAUCCUUGCCGAGGCAAUCUAUAGAAAUACAGUUGACGGAACAAGUUUGUUCCCGAGGUUGUUAGUGUUGGUCCAGAUGGAGGAUGAACAUGAAGAGCUGGAAAGAACCGAGCAGGUUUUAAGAGACCAUAUGGCAAGGAUGAACAGGGAAGAUCAACUCAUUAAAAUGGGAAAAUUCCGUUCUCUUGUUACAUCUUUGGGUAAAAGAGUGGCCCAGAAAGGGAAAAAAGACACCGACGAAGACGAUGGCGACUCGCUUACCGGCGAUUAUCCCAACGAGAGCCCGUCUGCUGACGACAGCACUCCUCUUAAAGAUGAGGAGGACGAGUUCGUUCCCCUAACGCGACAACCCUCCCGGCGGAAUAAGCAUCCAUCCACGGAAGCAAUACCUUCUUCUUCUUCUUCUCGGGUUGGCGUUGAAGACUGGUACUCGGACCCAAAAACCUCUCGAUCCUCGCUCAGACUCGGUGAAAGCCUGCCAGUUGUGUACGAGGACCCUGUCAAAGAAGCAGAGCCAGGUCGAGUAGAGCCCACCCCCUCUCCACCUCGACGGCCUCGCAAACAAGUCAGGUUCAGCUAUCCUCCAGCUGAAGCAGGGCCAUCUCGAAGACCUCCAGAUUAUACACCGCCUCCCCCUCAAUGGGAUGAACGCAUACAGACCAACUUCGGACAAUCCUCCACUGAGGCAGAACAAUCUUCCCAACCGCACCCUGCGCAACGUUUGCUGCAACCUCGCCAAAUGAACUUUUUGUCACUCAACGCCAUAUCCCAUGAGGUCUUUACCACUCAGAUGUUCAAAAACCCCUUGCUCUGGACAAACCAGCAACUUCAGGCUAUAAACUGCACCAUGUUGAGCGAGUUGGCGUCCAGACAACUCCCCAACAACGCAGCUUGGGAGCGCAAUAUCACGUCUUCCACAGUAUUCCGCAACCCGUGGAAGGGCGUUGCUGCAUCGCCAUUGACCUCUGCCACAAGAGUCAUCGAUCAAUUGAAUCAAGGAACAACUUAUGCUUGUUGGUACCUUAUACCGGCUUUGCUACGUGGGUUUGGCCUUUGGCCUGCAGCUUGGAGGUAA